GUAGUCCUACUGAGUCUGGUUGGAUCAUUCAGCGGUGGAGCUGUGGUGGCAAAGAAAUAUUAUAAAUACAGAACAGAAUGGCUUCCAUGUUGCUGAACACGAUGCGGACCUGCGUGGUUAGCCCAUCCUGGGCAGCACGCUUUGGUACACGUGCUCUCAGUACAACAGCACAGCUUCAGGCUCAGGUUCAGACAAAAAGCAAGAAGACACUGGCCCGACCUGGUGUGAAGAACAUAGUUCUGGUGGAAGGAGUUCGAACGCCUUUCCUGAUAUCUGGAACCACGUAUGCUGAUUUAAUGCCCCAUGACCUGGCCAGAGCAGCUCUUACGAAUCUGUUAAAAAAGACAGGCUUACCCAAAGAUGCCGUUGACUACAUCAUAUAUGGAACAGUCAUUCAGGAGGUCAAAACCAGCAACGUGGCACGAGAGGCGGCACUGGGAGCAGGCUUCUCCGACAAGAUCCCCGCUCACACCGUCACCAUGGCUUGCAUCUCCUCCAACCAGGCCAUGACCUCAGCCGUUGGGAUGAUUGCUGCAGGCCAGUGUGAUGCCGUUGUUGCUGGUGGGGUGGAGUUCAUGUCAGACGUUCCAAUCCGUCACAGUCGAAAAAUGAGGAAGACGAUGCUGUCCCUGAACAAGGCGAAAACCCUCGGCCAAAGGCUUAGCCUGAUCGGCAGCAUCCGGCUCGCGCAUUUCUCUCCAGAGCUUCCUGCCGUGGCCGAGUUCUCCACAGCUGAAACUAUGGGCCACAGUGCGGAUCGUCUGGCUGCUGCGUUCGCCGUCUCCAGACUGGAGCAGGACGAGUUCGCUCUGCGGUCUCACACACUCGCCAAAAAGGCUCAGGAUGAAGGGCUGCUGGAGGACGUCAUUUCUUUUAAAGUGCCAGGUCGGGAUAUUGUGUCAAAGGACAACGGCAUUCGUCCUUCUUCCAUGGAGCAAAUGGCCAAACUGAAGCCGGCCUUCGUUAAACCUCAUGGCACCGUCACUGCUGCCAAUUCCUCCUUUCUGACUGACGGGGCCUCUGCGGUGCUCAUCAUGUCUGAGGAGAAAGCUCUCGCCAUGGGUUUCAAGCCUAAAGCAUACCUCAGAGACUUUGUCUACGUAUCUCAGGACCCCAAAGAUCAGCUGCUUCUGGGGCCUACGUAUGCUACACCUAAAGUCCUGGAACGGGCCGGCUUGUCUUCGUCUGAUAUUGAUGUGUUCGAGUUCCACGAGGCAUUUGCAGGUCAGAUAAUGGCGAAUCUGAAGGCUAUGGACUCGGACUGGUUUGCUCAGACGUACAUGGGCAGGAAAUCAAAGGUUGUGGCUCCUCCCAUGGAGAAGUUCAACAUGUGGGGGGGCUCCCUGUCUCUGGGGCACCCAUUCGGCGCCACGGGCUGCAGGUUGGUCACCACCGUGGCUCAUCGGCUGAAGAAGGAGGGGGGGCAGUACGGACUGGUGGCAGCCUGUGCUGCAGGAGGACAGGGUCAUGCCAUGGUGGUUGAAGCCUACCCGCAGUAACGCAUGUUCUCUAAUCUAGAUCCUAAUCUUCAUCGUGAUUGCUGUUAACGCACUCGGUAACAUUGGAAGUGUUUGUAAAGCACCACUUUGCCUUGAUGGAGCGGGUUGAGGACGGGGAUGUGAAUGUGUUUGAAGACUCGUGUAAACUAAACCGAGCUCGGAGGCCGUUCAGAUUAAAGCAGACGGUUUGCUUGGUUUGUAAACUUCUCGUCAGCGUCGUCUCUGACUCUAAUGUAACAUAAAGUUUAAGAGCUCAGCCGAGCCAAGGUGAUCGUAACGUUUAUAAAUGCUGUCAUGUUUUUUAUUUCUUACAGACUGUUGGAAUUAAAUGGUGUGAUGAUUACGA